AUGUCUCUCUAUCCAUCAUUGGAGGAUAUGAAGGUGGAUAACAUGAUACGUGCGCAGUUAAAUCAGCAGCACAGUGCUCCAGUUUUUAAUCCUCCGGCCUACCAGAGUUCUGCACCAAGUGCCCCUCAACAUGUCUAUCCUGCUCUUGGUGAUUACAUGGGUUUGGAGCUGUCUCAAGAUGUAAUAGCUCGCAAUAUGCCUGAAUAUCAAAUCCAAGUAGCUCAAUCGGGUGCUGCAGCGCCUACACACAAUAUGAUAGCACCUAUAUCGUCUCAAUCUCAAAGUUUAUCAAAAGCUAUUGUCACGGGAGCCAUACGGCAGGUGAUCUUGUGCAAGGAUAGAGAUGGUAAAUGCGGGCUCAGACUACAUUCCGUAAACAAUGGGGUGUUUGUUUGUUAUGUGGCAGCCGGUAGCCCUGCUGCUCUAGCUGGUCUGAGAUUUGGUGAUCAAAUACUGGAAAUAAAUAAUGUGUCGCUCGCCGGAAUGUCAAUGGAACAAUGCCAUGCUAUUUUGAAGAAAUCACCAACUAAUGGCAUAAACAUGGCAGUCAGAGACAGACCUUUCGAGAGAACUAUAACUCUCCACAAGGACUCUCUCGGCCAUGUUGGAUUCCAGUUCAAAGAUGGUAAUAUCAUUGGCCUUGUUAAGGACUCAUCAGCCGCUCGCAAUGGCCUCUUAACAGAUCAUCAAAUACUUGAAAUAAAUACUAUAAAUGUUGUGGGUAUGAAAGAUAAGGAUAUAUCCAAAGUUAUUGAUGAAGGCCCAUCUGUUGUGAAUGUGACUGUUAUUCCGCAGUAUAUCUAUAAACAUAUGAUAAGCAAAAUGUCAAGUUCUCUCUUCAAAGAAUUGGAUAGGACUCCAGCAGUUUAA